AUGCGAGAUUAUGGGGGCAUUUAUUUAGAUCUUGAUGUGAUAGUUUUUAAGCCAUUUGAUGAUCUUCUUUAUAAUGACUUUACUAUGGGGAUCCAAAAGGAUGUCGGUCUUUGUAAUGCAGUAAUUAUCAGCAGACCAUUCGCUCCUUUUGUAACCAGAUGGAUACAACAGUAUAAAAACUUUAAUGACAGUGACUGGGAUUAUCAUUCAGUUAAGCUGCCUUGGUUUAUGGCUAAAGAAUAUCCAGAUUAUAUCAAUAUUUUGGAUGAGAAAGCAUUUUUUUGGCCAACUUGGUCUGUAGAGGAUCUGGAAUUGAUGUAUAAAUCAAAUAAUUAUACCUUCACCAACCACCAGUACACUUAUCAUAUGUGGGCAGCAGCGUUGGGUCGUAAAAAUACAUCAGAUUUAUUCCCAACAUCGAUUAAAAAUGUGGAAAAUAUGGAAACAAGUUUUAAUAGAGCGGUUCGAAAGUUUUUAAAAUAUUUACCUGACGACUUUAAUGAAACGAACUUUAAUGAAUGA